GCCCGAUCCGCUCCCACGAGGGUCCGGGCCCUCGGAUGGCCGUGGGGGCCGCCGCGCAGGUGCCGGUGCGGAGUGAGGAGGCGGUGCUGUCGCUCACCCCGGAGCGCUGGAGAGGCUGGGCGGCGCGGGAGGACGCCAUGCGGGAGAAUUACGGCGCCACGAUCGCUCUGGGGUCCCCAGUCACCAGGCCCGGGAUCGCUGCGCAGGCCGAAGAGGGCAGGCCGCUGCCCGUCAAGGGCCAGGGGGAUGCCGAGCCGAGGGAUCCGCCCCACGGCACCGCCGACGCAGCAGGGUCCGUGCCGCCGGAGAGCGAGGGCACUGCGAAGAAUGAGCCGCCGCUGCCGCGGCAGCCCGUGGAGGAGCAGGGAGAGGCCGGAGACCCCAGGGGCCCCGAGAGAGGCUGCCCAGGGGAGUGGCUGAUCCGGACCGUGAAGGUGGAGGCCGAGGACUACGCGGAGUGGCCGGCCAGGCUGAGCGCCGAGGUGCUGCUCUCGGGGCUGCCGGUCGGGGGCGCCUGCAAGGCGGAGGGCCUGGCGGCCGGCGAGGAGUACCGGGGGGCCGGGGGCGGCCUGGGGGAGCUGUCGGGCCUGGCCCUGCAGCAGUGGCAGCUGCUGAGCGAGGAGAAGGCACUGGGCUGCCCCCGCUGCGAGCUGCCCGGCCCCCCCCACGCCCCGCGCCCGCGCCCCUUCGCCUGCCCCCAGUGCGGCAAAGCCUUCGGCAAGAAGGCGCACCUGACGCGGCACGCCCGCGUGCACACGGGCGAGCGCCCCUUCGCCUGCGCCCACUGCGGCCGCCGCUUCUCGCAGAAGAUCCACCUGGGCUCGCACGAGCGCGUGCACACGGGUGAGCGGCCCUUCCCCUGCGAGCGCUGCGCCAAGAGCUUCCGCAAGAAGACCCACCUGGUGCGCCACCAGCUCACGCACACGGGCGAGCGCCCCCACGCCUGCCCGCUCUGCGCCCGCAGCUUCGUCCACCGCCGGCACCUGCUGCGGCACCAGCGCCUGUCACCCUGCCAGACUGAGCAGCCCCGCUGUGCGCCAGCACUUCCUCCACAGCAAGCGGCCGGCCUGCAGCUCUGGGGCCAGCUGACCUGA